GUUCCCCCGUGUAUGUUUGGGGUGGGGAGGCCCCAGGAGCUGGGGUGCGAAUUGUGACAGCUUCCCCGAGCUGCAGGGAGGUCGUUCCCCUGUGGGGGUUGAGGCUGAUCACCGAGAAAAAUAACAUCACUGUUCCUGUUUCCUUCUGUGGGCAUCGAGCAUUUAAGCGCCUUGAUUUCUAGCCAUUGGUAACAUGGCAAAAGAUGCUGGACUAAUCGAAGCCAAUGGAGAGCUUAAGGUUUUUAUAGACCAAAACCUUAGUCCUGGAAAAGGGGUUGUUUCAUUAGUGGCUGUUCAUCCUUCUACAGUAAAUACACUUGGAAAACAGCUCCUGCCAAAAACGUUUGGACAGUCUAAUGUCAACAUUGCACAGCAAGUGGUUAUUGGUACACCUCAGAGACCUUCAGCGCCAAAUACUAUCCUGGUAGGAAGUCCACAUACACCCAGUUCACACUUUGUAUCACAGAACCAGACUGCAGACUCUUCGCCUUGGUCUGCUGGGAAGCGCAAUAAAAAAGGAGAGAAGAAUGGCAAGGGUUUGCGACACUUCUCUAUGAAGGUUUGUGAGAAGGUACAGAGAAAAGGAACCACCUCAUACAAUGAGGUGGCGGAUGAGUUGGUUGCAGAGUUUAGUACCACGGAUAAUCACAUUUCACCAAAUGAAUCACAGGCUUAUGACCAGAAGAAUAUUAGACGACGUGUCUACGAUGCCUUAAAUGUCCUUAUGGCUAUGAAUAUUAUCUCUAAGGAGAAGAAGGAAAUCAAAUGGAUUGGUCUACCUACUAACUCAGCUCAGGAAUGUCAGAAUUUAGAGGUGGAGAGACAGAGAAGACUUGAAAGAAUAAAGCAAAAACAGUCUCAGCUACAAGAACUUAUUCUACAGCAAAUUGCCUUCAAGAACCUCGUUCAACGAAAUCGUCAAACAGAACAACAGGCAAACCGACCACCGCCUUCCAAUUCUGUCAUACAUCUGCCAUUUAUCAUUGUGAACACCAGCAAGAAGACCGUGAUCGAUUGUAGUAUUUCAAAUGACAAGUUUGAAUAUCUAUUUAAUUUUGACAAUACUUUUGAAAUUCAUGAUGAUAUAGAAGUAUUAAAGCGAAUGGGAAUGGCUUGUGGGCUAGAAUCUGGAAGCUGUUCAGCAGAGGACCUAAAAAUUGCAAGGAGUUUGGUUCCUAAAGCUCUGGAACCAUAUGUGACAGGUGCAGUGUGCAGGAUGUUCCUGAGUAGGACCAAACAGUCGAGAGGCGUUUCAACUCUGAGGUUCCUCAUGGAGAAGUCCACAAAGGCAGGAACACCACCUGUACAUCAUCCUGAAGAAGAAAUGGCUCAGGGAUCAAUCAGCAGUGUAUAUGUAACAACAUCAUCAGGUUCCACUUCAGACGUCACUAGAUUUUCUGCCAGUGACUUUACCAAUGGUGGAGACGGGAUGUUAGCAACAAGUUCCAAUGGAUCGCAGUACAGUGGCUCCAGAGUUGAAACACCAGUCUCUUAUGUUGGAGAUGAUGACGAGGAGGAUGAUGACUUUAAUGAAAAUGACGAUGAUGACUGAUCCUUUUUGAUUGUAUACUUUUCAGGAAUAAAAUUAUUCUAGGGAGAGAGCGCACUCACGCGCGCUCUCUCUCUCUCUCUCUAUUUUUCUUUCUCUCUCAAAAUAUACAUAUAUAUCUAUAUCUAGAUAUAUAUAUUUUGCCCCGUCCCACAAGGAAAUUAUUGGUAAGCAGUUCUGAGUUUAGAAAUUGCACCUCAGAUAAGCAAAUAAGGAUUGUUUUAUGUAGGAUAUUUUUAAAUGUGGUGUGGAUGUGUGUUUUGAUACCAGUGUGUUAAUGCAGAGCCUUUAUUAUUUGCUCUUUUUUUUUUUUUUUUUUACUUGAAGGAAAAUGCAUUUUCCCCCAAAUGUUAUUGCUAAGUUUGCUAAAGAAAAUGUAGCCACAUCAAUGAAGAAAUAAAAUGCUAACUUUCGGUGAGAAAUGGGUACACUGAAUGGCCAUAAGUUUGGAGUGUAUUUUGAUGACAGCCGUUGUUGAGGGAUGGCAAGCUCAUGUAGUAGUUGUGGGGAUAUUGAUAUUUUUAUUUUAUUUUAUUUUAUUUUUUUUGUUAAUCAUGCAGUGUCCAAAGAACCAAACGAGAUCCAUUUUACUUUUUUACAUGUGAAAUUCCAUAAAUGUUGUGAAUUUAUUUUCCCUUAAAUAAUAUCUAACAUGAUUCCAUCAAGUUUAUAUGCUGUUUUCGCUGAAUGUUGGGACAUAUGAAUUACAAAGUUUUUGGCAAAUGUUUACUGCCAGCUGAUGCAGCUAUAUAAAAUGUCUUGAAGGUUUGGAAUGAGUUAUUGCUUAUGGUAAAAAUUGCCUGAUUUCUUACAGGCAGACUUUGGAAACUUUUUAUUAUAUAGUUGUUUACAUACUUAUAAGUCUAUCAUAUAAAGACAUGUACUGAAACAAAUGUUUGUAUUUGUUUCAUAAGCAUCUUCCUGUAAUCUAUUAUAAAGUUGAAAUUAAAUAUAGAGAAUGUUUUAAGUUUUUUAACUCAAAAUUGUCAAUCAUUUUUAAUAGUUCAUUUUUUAUAAAAGGAAUUUCAGGGCAGGUGGUAGUCUUUUAAAAUUUAUUCACAAAACAUUUAACUGCACAAAUACUGUCAGCUGCCUAUCUAAGACAGUAGUCUUUUUAUUGAAACACAAACUUUUCUGUAAUAUUUUAUGGAAUAUAAAGAGACUUUAAAAUUGUUUGACAUGUUUAACCUUGGCACUGUUAGUUUUUAUUAAUAAAACGCGCAUGGGCAUUUUUAACAAA